CGUAGUGUAGUAGUGUUAAAAAAUUGCAAAGGUUUUGUUUUGUUGAGAGAAAGUGUCGAGAGAUAAUAGAGUGAGUCUCGAUUCUUCAAGGUUAAGUCCUCCUUUUGUUUCUCUCUCUAUUUUCUCUCUCGGAGAUCCACCGUCACCACCACCACCAUGUUCUUCCGAUUCUCUCUCCUCCUCCUUCUUCUCCUUUCACCGGCGUUCGCCUCCGAGUCAGAUCACAAGUAUCAACCAGAGGACCCAGUUACCCUCUGGGUGAACAAAGUAGGUCCUUAUAAUAAUCCACAAGAAACAUACAACUAUUACAGCCUCCCAUUUUGCCGUCCACCGGGUAAUGCUGCACACAAAUGGGGUGGUCUAGGUGAGGUCCUGGGGGGCAAUGAACUUAUUGAUAGCCAAAUUGAGAUAAAGUUCCUAGGGAAUGUGGAAAAGACCACUUUUUGCCGUUUGAAUCUUGAUGAUGCAAAGGUUAAACAUUUCAAGGAUGCAAUAGAAAAUAAUUACUGGUUUGAAUUCUUCAUGGAUGAUCUUCCGUUAUGGGGGUAUGUUGGGGAGCUGCAUCCUGAUAAGAACAGUGAUAAUGGCAAGCAUGUUCUUUACACACACAAGAACAUCAUUGUUAAGUACAAUAAAGAUCAGAUCAUUCAUGUGAAUCUCACUCAUGAUGACCCAAAACCUUUGGAAGUAGGGAGAUCUUUGGACAUGACAUAUUCUGUCAAAUGGAUUGCCACUAAUGUCACUUUUAGACACCGGUUUGAUGUAUAUCUUGAUUAUCCAUUCUUUGAGCAUCAGAUUCAUUGGUUCUCCAUUUUUAACUCUUUUAUGAUGGUCAUAUUCCUAACUGGAUUGGUGUCUAUGAUAUUGAUGCGAACAUUGAGAAAUGACUAUGCAAAGUAUGCUCGGGAAGAUGAUGAUUUGGAAACUCUGGAAAGAGAUGUCAGUGAAGAAUCAGGCUGGAAACUUGUGCAUGGUGAUGUUUUUCGGCCUCCUCGUAGUUUGGCUCUUAUUUCGGCUGUAGUGGGCACAGGUGCUCAGCUUGCACUGUUGAUUCUUCUUGUCAUCUUGUUGGCUAUUGUUGGGAUGUUGUAUGUUGGUCGAGGAGCCAUUGUCACAACAUUCAUUGUAUGUUAUGCUCUCACAUCGGUCAUUUCUGGUUACGUAAGUGGGGGAAUGUACUCACGUAAUGGGGGUAAAAGUUGGAUUAAAUCCAUGAUCCUUACAGCAUCACUGUUCCCAUUCAUGUGCUUUGGAAUUGGAUUUAUCUUAAACACUGUUGCUAUAUUCUAUGGAUCUCUAGCAGCAAUCCCCUUCGGUACAAUGGUGGUUGUCUUUGUUAUUUGGGCUUUCAUCUCUUUCCCUCUUGCACUUCUUGGCACAGUUGUUGGAAGAAACUGGAGUGGUGCUCCAAAUAAUCCCUGUCGCGUUAAGACCAUUCCCCGUCCCAUUCCUGAGAAGAAGUGGUACCUCACACCCUCUGUAGUUUCUCUGAUGGGAGGAUUGCUUCCCUUUGGCAGCAUAUUCAUUGAGAUGUAUUUUGUAUUUACCUCCUUCUGGAAUUACAAGGUGUACUAUGUCUAUGGCUUCAUGCUCCUGGUUUUUCUGAUUCUCAUCGUUGUUACUGUAUGUGUGACAAUUGUGGGGACAUACUUUUUGUUAAAUGCUGAGAACUACAACUGGCAAUGGACAUCUUUUCUUUCAGCUGCCUCAACAGGUGUUUAUGUAUAUCUGUACUCAAUAUACUACUACUAUGUGAAGACAAAGAUGUCAGGCUUCUUCCAAACUAGCUUCUAUUUUGGAUACACUAUGAUGUUUUGUCUUGGACUGGGAAUUCUCUGUGGAGCUGUGGGUCAUCUUGGUUCGAAUUUGUUUGUGAGGAGAAUCUACCGGAAUAUCAAGUGUGACUAAGGCUUCUCUGUGUGUCGAGACCAGAGCAGUUCCAUAUGUUUAUUGUUGGAGAAAUGAAUUCUUGAAGGAAGUCUCUGGUCAUGUGAUGACCAAGCAAUGUUUAUAGGUAGUAUGACAGGGUUUUGAGGAUGAGAAUGUAUUCUUUCUCUAUAUUUGGGAAGCCCUGAGAUUUUUUCCCCUGGCAGUAAUUGAAAGCCUUUGAUUUAGAAUGCAGGGAUUGAACUUUAUAAUUCAUAAUUCAGAUAGUAGCUAGCAAAAUAUUAGACUCGUGGUUUAUUUUUAAAUCUUUUUAUUACAAAUAGGUGCCCGAUAGACGAACUGAUGUCGGAUUCCCCUGCACGGUUUAUCUAAUGUACGUUGAGGGGAUGAAGUCUCGGAAAUGAAUUUUUGUAUCAAAUCUGUUAUGACCACUUCCUACACAAUCUUCAUGUUUUAAUUUUAAAUUAUUUUUGCCUUCUAA